CCAGAGUAAUAUGUUUCCUGCAAGCAGAGGCACGCCGCAGCUUCUCCUCAUCCUCCUCUACACCGGCUGCUUCCUCCUCUCCUCUCCUCGACAUGCUGCCGCCACGGCAUCUCCACCCAUCUCCUUCAGCUUCGACUUCUCCAACAAAUCCUCGUUCAACCCGAACGACCUCCUUCUCCAGGGCGACGCGAGCAUGAACAAAAGCAAAAACCUGGUCGACCUCUCAUGCGACUCCUUUCGAAGAGGCAAUUGUGCAGGGCGGAUGACGUACUUCAACCCAGUGCCGUUCUACGACAACGACACCCACGAGGUGGCGAGCUUCUCCACACAGUUCACCUUCACCUUCGUGCUCCCAGCACCAGGGCGCACGAAAGGGGACGGCAUGACUUUCUUCCUCACCGGUUACCCGUCGGUAAUGCCCAAGGACUCAUACGGAGGCCGCCUCGGCCUCAUCGAGGGUGACGUGAACGUCACCUAUGGAGCGGAACGGUUCGUCGCUGUUGAGUUUGACACGUACACGCUCGGCGUGUCAUCGGACCAAGUCGCCAUCCACCUCAGCGACAUCAACAGCUUGGUGGAAACGACGGGGGCCAACCUCAGUGGGACCAUGACGGCGUCCAUCAACUUCACCAGCAGCACCCGGAUGCUCGUCGCUAGGCUGCACUACGAUGACCGUCCUUCCGUGCAGCCAGUUGAGGUCAGCGCCGAGUUGCCCUACCCGGUCACGUCCUUGCUCCCGCCGGAGGUGGCAGUGGGAUUCUCUGCGGCCACCGGCGCAAAUAUGGAGCUCCAUCAGAUAUUGUCAUGGUCCUUCAACUCCACGCUUGCGCCCCACAAGAAACCAAUAUCGACAGGUACACGUCUAAUUGUAGCAGCGAUUGUUGGAGGAACCUGUGUGUUCCUACUCCUGGUUUGGCUCAUUCUGUCAUGGUUUAUGUGGAAACGAGGGCGCAAUUCCCUAAUUGCAGGAGCUGGCCCUAGGCAAUUCCAAUUCCGGGAUUUAGCAAAGGCAACCAAGAACUUUUCUGCGGAAAUGAAGAUUGGAGAGGGUGCCUUUGGCGCAGUGUACAAGGGCCAAUCCUUCAAGGUCGAUAACGACCAGCAGCAAGAUGUUGCUAUCAAGGAGAUUUUGAAGGGGUCUCAUGAAGGAAGAAAGGACUUCCUCGCUGAACUCAACACUAUUAGCAAGACCAAGCACAAGAAUCUGGUCAGGCUGGAAGGUUGGUGCUGCUGCACGAGAAGCACUUGGAGCUUCAUGUGUUGGUGCUGCCUAAAGCAGGUUGAUCACAAGUUCUUCCUUAUCUAUGAACUGAUGCCACAGGGAGAUCUCGACCAUCACCUACACAACAGGAAAGAUGCAGUUCUACCAUGGCCAACAAGGUACAAAAUAGCGAAGGGAAUAGGAUCCGCUCUUGUUUACCUUCACCACGAUUGUCAGCCGUACAUUCUGCAUAGAGAUAUCAAGCCCGGCAACAUACUUCUUGACGAUGAAUACAACGCCAAACUUGCCGACUUUGGGCUAUCAAGGAUCGCAGAUAAAAAUAACUCCACGUUGGUGACCACCGCAGUGGGGACCGAGGCAUACAUGGAUCCCCAGUGCAAAAAAGAUGGUGAUGUGAGGUUCAACCCUAGCACCGACGUCUACAGCUUUGGACUUGUACUGCUUGAGAUCGCAUGCGCACGACGCAAGUCUAGGCAACAAGUCUGGGAACUAUAUCAAACCAAUGGAGCCACGACCCUUAUGGUGGAAGAUGUGGUUGACGAGAGGUUACAAGGAAACUUUGAUAGGGAAGAGAUGCUGCGCGUGCUUGUUGUCGGUCUAUGGUGUUCACUCCCUGAAGGUUUACGUCGGCCUUCCAUGCGGCAAGCCUUGCGACUCCUGGAACAGGACGACACACCACUGCCUGACCUUGCAUCGUGUGCCAUCGGCACUGCUUCUACUUAA